AAGCCGAUUGUGCCGGGCCCCCAGCGCUCAUACUCUGUGAUGGACUAUGAGCCAGUGCCAUUUACUCACCAGCCAGGAACCGCCCUGUUGCUCGUUCAUCUCCCCCCCGAACUGCACUACGCCAUCUUCGACUUUCUCGAGCCGAUUGACAGCACAGCCUUCGCGCUGACCAGCAAGCACUUCUACAUCAUCCACCGCCAGAUGCAUGGCAAGGUGUCGCUGGCAACUAGACGAUCCGGCCCGAACGAUAUGGAGUGGGUAUGGCGGAAUGCCGGCCCUUUUAUCUCUGGAGGCCGCUCUGGCGGCAUGGCCAUCAAGCACAACGCGCUUGCAGAGCUGUCCCCGCGAGGCCAAGUCUACUGCCGCAAAUGCCGCACCGCGCGCUGCGAGCUUCGCAACCAUAUUCGAGAGUUCUUCCCGGCCGAAAUGGAGUACUGCGAGAUUACCCAAAAGUAUGGCGCCACUGCCCAGGCUGGAGCCAAGCCGGUAUGCUGCCGCAGCUCACCACGGCACCCGCACCGCUGCGGACGGCAC